GCGGCCCUACGACGCACGGAUGUCAUUCUGGAAGUAGGCCCGGGAACCGGGAACCUGACAGUAAAGAUGUUAGAGAAAGUAAAAAAAGUUAUUGCUUGUGAAAUUGACCCCAGACUUGUUGGUGAACUUCAGAAGAGAGUCCAGGGCACGUGUCUGGCAAACAAACUGGAAAUCAAGGUUGGAGAUAUCUUGAAGACAGACUUACCAUUCUUUGAUGCAUGCGUGGCUAACUUGCCUUACCAGAUUUCUUCACCUUUCGUUUUCAAGUUGUUGCUUCAUAGGCCUUUUUUCAGGUGUGCAAUACUUAUGUUUCAAAGGGAAUUUGCACUUCGUUUGGUUGCAAAACCAGGAACUAAACUAUACUGCAGACUCUCUAUUAACACUCAGUUACUGGCUCGAGUGGACCAUCUGAUGAAGGUUGGAAAGAACAACUUCAGGCCUCCUCCCAAAGUUGAAUCCAGCGUUGUCAGAAUAGAGCCAAAGAACCCACCACCACCUAUCAAUUUCCAGGAGUGGGAUGGUCUGGUAAGGAUAGCCUUUGUUAGGAAAAACAAGACACUCUCUGCAGCAUUUAAGUCAAGUGCUGUAGAGCAGUUGCUGGAUCAUAAUUACCGAAUUCAUUGUUCCUUACAUAAUACAGAAAUACCUGAAAACUUCAAAAUUGCGGAGAAGAUACAGACAGUCCUAAUAAAUACAGGUUACUCUGAAAAACGAGCCCGUUCAAUGGAUAUAGAUGAUUUCAUUAGACUGCUACAUGGCUUCAAUUCAGAAGGCAUCCAUUUCUCAUAGACUCUGCUAGAAGAAUGAAAGAUGUUCUGUAUUUUGUCACCGAAGUCAUUACUUACACCAGAGUGACUGCAACUGGGACAAGCUCUUCUCACAAAAGCAAU